CUAAAUGAAGAGUUUCGAAAUUAGACAAAACUUUAUAGAAAUUAAUGCAUAUUACAUGGAUGAAAAGAAAAAGCUUACUAUGCUCUUUGUAGGGAUUUAUAAUAAAAUGUAUCAUAUAACAACUACUGUUAAAUAAGUGGCAGUCGUCUCCCUUGCGCAGGGUUUUGAGAUUUUGUGCGUUUCUUGUGCGCCGCAGUUUCGGUAGAAGAGAGGUAAGGUGUGCAAGGUUGGUGUUGCUACAGGAAUCAAGGUAGGCUAAUUAUCCGAGGCAGGCUUUAUUCUUGUGCAGGUUCGGGAGGGACGUCGAGGGAUAUGGCAGAGAUGGAAGAGAUGGUCAAUAAAUGCUACAACAUGGCGCUCCAAGGUGAUGAGGACGAGCUGGUCUUAGACGAGGAGAUUGACGGCGAGGUUGAUGCUUUGAUCCGCAUCGCUACUUUUCUAGUCGUAGGGACUAUUCUCACAGACAAAAUGGUGAAGUUCUCGGUGUUCAGGGAUCUCAUGACUUCUCUUUGGCGCUCGAGAAAAGGGAUCUCUAUCAAAGAGAUUGGCCAAAAGAGGCACUUGUUCACUUUUUACCAUAUUAUUUAUAUGGAAUGUGUUCUUGGAGGAGGAUCAUGGCUGUUUGAAUAAAAUUUGAUGAUGUUGAGGGCGCUGAAACCAGGGGAUAUUCCUCUUCGGGUCCCCCUAAAUGAUGCUGAAUUUUGGGUGCAGGUACCCUAUGAUUACAUAAACUUAGGAGUGACUAGGAGAGUUGUUAAUUUCAUUGAUAAAAUUAUUAGUUUUGAUGAAAGCCAGUUUGAAGAACGAUGGAACUCCUACCUGAGAAUCAGAGUUUGUAUGGAUGUAGGAAAAGCCUUGAAAGUGGGCAAGACACUUAGGAAAGGGCGGGGUAUAGGCCGCAAGGUGGAUUUUAAAUAUGAAAAACUACCUAACUUUUGCUUUGUUUGUGGUAUUAU